UACAUAUCAGAAUGUGACACAAAAAUAUUGCUUAAACAUCGGAAAUAGAGUAUGGAAGGGCCGUGAGGGGCAGCCGUUUACUCUGCCUGUUGGUGGAUUCCCUUGGUGCAUAAGAAUGGCCUCAUCCAUGGAGAAAGGCACUGCUGGAGUAGGGUCAAUACCAUUACCUGUAAUGGACUCAAUUCCUUUACCUGAUGGUUCACCAAAAACUAAACCACAGACAAAGUCCAGGAAGCUCAUUAAGUUAGUCAGAUAUGAUGUCAGUAAGAAUGAAUCACAAAUCCCUCUCCCAGUUACAAAGAAAGACCCACCAAAGCCAGUCAAGGAACUGAUUGCUGAAAAAUUAAAGCAAUCAGACCCUUCAAAUAUGGCAAAGGAUGCAGAGAGUAAGUGCUCUAGUGGUGACUCUAAUCCAGUGUCGACUAACCAUAACCUGUAUAAGCUUAAACGCUCUCUGAUGCAGAAGGAAAGAAAUGUAGAGGGACCUCUAGAACAAAGUAUAGUCGAUGAAAUGUUUAAAGACUUUUUGGCAACUAAGAUGCAACAAAUAGAAUCAGAGUAUCAGGGUAAAGCUGAUGAUGCAGUGUCAAAGAAUGGUAAGUUUGGGGAGGUUGUAUCAUCUGUUGAAGAAAUGAAUAGACUUCUAGAUGAUGAGCUGACAGCUAUAUCACAAAAUACCUCACAAAAAGGUGUCUGUGUACAGGUGGAGUGUUCUCAAACUCAAUCAAUAAUCAACAGGAAGCAGAAAUCAGUGGGGGCAAAAUUAGAGACAAAAGGAAAAAGAUCAAAAUGGGACAUGACAGAGAAGCUAGAAAAAGAUUUUAAUACAGACAGAUCUGUUUCUAAACCGCAGGUAAAAGCAGAAAAUGUAUGUGGGAAAAGUUCCAUAGUUUCCACUGAUGUAAAUUCCAAGCCCUCUUCUGAUCAACAGAGCAGGAUCAAUAUUGAAUCACCUGGAGGCCCUAUAAACAUGGAGAGUACCAAGUCGUCAUUUGCAUUAUCCAGUUCCAUUACAAACAGAGAUCAGGAAAUACUAAUGAUAGAUGGGACAAUAUCACCAUUGCCUCCUCUCCCAGGUACAAAGACAGAAGAGGAGGUCAGAAAAGUAAACACAAACAUUAACAUCGCACUUGCCGCUCAGUUUGGUAAAAAGACUCAAACGAAGAAACAGAUAUCUCUAAAAAUCAGUCAGCUUAGUGCAGAGAUCAUUUCAUCAGGUGAGCUUACAGGAAAAGAAUCUGAACGACAAAAGGCUCUAGAAGACGGGGAAGUUCUUUCUUCAAACGAUGAUUCUGAGAAGCAUGACUCGAAUGAUGAGGAUAGUGAUGAAGAUGAGGGAAACAAUGCAGUUUCAGAGACAGGGUCACUAAGCGACUCAGAAAAGGAAACCAAAUCAUCGAAAUCAAAAAAGAAGAAAAAGAAGAAAAAUAAAAAACACAAGAAAAAGAAAAAGCACAAGAGUUCUAAGGACCAAGAGAAAGAUGAUACAAAACGAGACGAAUCAAAAAGAAAGCACAGAUCACGUUCUAGGUCUAAGUCUCCAAAGAAACACAAGAGCUCUCAUUCUCCUGGAAGAAGGAGUCGCAAAUCAAAAUCAAGGUCACCAAAUCGAUGGGAGGAUCGAGGAUUUGAUGCUUAUGCUUACAGGGAAACAGGACGGAACAGAUCUAGGGAUAAAGAUCGAGGUAGGGGCAGAUCUCGAGAAAGAUCACCAGAGAGAUCUCGUGGCAGAUCUCGAGAGAGAUCACCAGAGAGAUUGCGGGACAGAUCGAAAGAUCGAACAAGGAACAGGUCGCGAGAUAGAGGCAGGGAACGAGGACGACCUGACAGAAGGUCAAGAAGUAGGUCACUGGAUAAGUCACUGGACCUCCGUGUGAAGAUUGACAAGGCCAAAUUAAGGGAAAUAGCCAUUAAGAAUGUGUUGGCGAUGGCGAAGUCUGGUCAUGGUCCUUCAGUAGAUAUUACCACCAUCAAGGCUGGAGGCACUUCUGUAGAUGAAUUGACAGAUUUUUGUAAACGCAUAUCAUCUAAAGAGAAGAACAGAGGCACAGAACCAUUCCUGUCCUCAUCAUCUGAGGAAUCAGAAGUAGACGAGAAAGAUGAGGAGGAAAGUUUUAUCCAUCAUCCGUUUAAAGUGCGGGAUCCUUCUGCUAGUAUUGUAAUGAACAUCCGAAAUGCCAAACCUCUGCCAGUGCUAACUCCACAAGAAAAAAUCACUGAGCAAUCCAAGCUAAGGAUGCAGUUUCCAGUGUCUAGUGGCAGUGUCCAUCGCUUGAAGGAGCCAGAGUGGGUCCCUGUACAAAAAACAACCACCAAUGCUGUGACUUUGCUGACCAAUACACCAACUACAGCAUCUCUUUCAGCCUCCACUUCGGCAGCCAUGGCCAUCUCUAACCAAACUUCACCUGUUGCAAAUGACACAAUUCAAUUUAAACCACCACUGCCACCCUCUGACCCUCCACCACCACCACCACCUGAGGAAAGAGUCUUUCCAGAGACAAGCAACGUGCCAAUGGAUAUUGGGUCUAUAAUUUCUGAACGUCUGCUUGCUGUAAGGAAGCUUCAGGAAAAUCCCAAAGAUAUUUCAGCACUGAGCAACAUAGCAGAUGCCCAGAAAAAGGCCAGUAUGUGGGCUACAUCCAAACAGUUGCCAGGCCAAUUUAUAGGCUCUACUGGGGCACAGAUCCUGACCCCAGAUGAACUGAUGGGCCCAGACAAGCGACACCAGGCUUGGGCCAAGAAGGACCAGUUUCAGAAAGCAGCACCUGUGAGUGGAGGGAUAGGAAUGGCACUGCUGCAAAAGAUGGGCUGGAAACAGGGCACUGGUCUGGGAAAGAAUAAUGAGGGCUCACUGGAGCCACUUAAACUGGACAUCAAGACUGAUCGCAAAGGACUGACAUCACAAGAGGAACAUUCCAAGCGAGGGCGGGGACAUCAUGGAGGAAAAGGCCAAAGUAAAGGUGCAGCAGGAGGGGGCGGGGCAGGUGUUUUCACACAUGAUCUCUCCAGUAAACACCCUGUAUCAGCCUUAAUGGAGCUCUGUAACAAACGGAAGUGGGGACCACCAGAUUUCCAGCUCAUUCAUGAAAGUGGACCAGAUCAUAAAAAACAUUUCCUCUUCAAGGUGAUAAUAAAUGGAAGCUCCUAUCAGCCAUCUGUUGCCAGUAACAACAAGAAGAUGGCCAAGGCUUCAACAGCAGCUGCCUGCCUCCAAGAACUGGGUCUUAUUCCAAGAACCUGAACAGUCAUGAAUCCAAAUUAAUGUUUACUUGACCCUUAAGUUGUCUUGUACCUAAACGGUCACAAAGCCGGAACUCUGGGUGUUCUGAUACUGUGCCAAACCAUCUUGUACCUGAGCUCUUAUAGGCCAGGACACUAGAUGGCUUAAUACUGCACCAGAUGGCUUGUACUACUGGAACAGAACUGUCACAAGCACCAAGCCAUUCUGUGCACGACAUUUUGAGAGGCUACAACUAAGUGUGCCCAUGCAUUUUAGCAGGUGCAACAUUUUAGAAACUCAAAAAAUACUCACGAGGUGGUCUUCUGCCUAGACAGUCAUGUGUUGAAGUGAUUGCCAGGUCUACAGCCUAGACUGUUGUGUGUUGAAGUGAUCGCCAGGUCUACAGCCUAGAUUGUUGUGUGUUGAGGUGAUCGCCAGGUCUACUGCCUAGACUGUUGUGUGUUGAGGUGAUCGCCAGGUCUACAGCCCAGACUGUUGUGUGUUGAGGUGAUCGCCAGGUCUACAGCCCAGACUGUUGUGUGUUGAGGUGAUCGCCAGGUCUACAGCCUAGACUGUUGUGUGUUGAGGUGAUCACCAAGUCUACAGCCUAGACUGUUAUAUGUUGCUGUGAUUGCCAAAUAAGAUGUAAAAUUGACCUGCUUUUGAGUUCUUACAUAGAGUGUUUGGCUUAACAUAUAAGGACAAGAAACUGUGAUAUAAUGGGAAUAUUUAAUAUCAAUCAUCAAUCUCAUACAUCUAAUCUCAUCUAAUGAUUUCAGCUUCAAAUGGCAGUUGAUAAGAAAUACCAUCCCUGUGUUUUUAUGUGUUCCUUAGUAGUUACUGGAAGAUGAGCAAUGUCUUCCAGACAGACAUGACUUCUGCUGACCAUGACAUUUUUAUGUUAUAAUUUUGUCUAUUUCUUACUAUUUCAUGAGAACAAGAUGGAAAUUUUGAAUUGUUACAUAGAAGCACUGUGUAUACUCACAUGGGGUGGAAGGUUAAGGAAUUGUCCAUACAAGCAAGUCCAAACUCUUGUACAAGUUCACAUUGCAAUGUUCUAGCUGAAAAAGGGUUCAGUGCUGCUACAUGAAUAUGCACAAGGAAACUUUUGAGACAUUGCUCUGUAGACUUGGUUGUCUCCCCUUGGAAUGAAGGCAAGCUUAUUGUUGUAGAAAUGGUUGUUCUCAAAGUUAUUGUCAUUUCUAUUCUAAUACAAUCUUGCUUGGGUCAUAACAUUUGAACUAAUUGAGGUAUCUUGAUCAAACUUGGAAUAUGACUGCAUCAACCGUAGACAGUGUUCAGUACACUAAAAUAAGGUCACUAUGACCUUGAUCUCAUAGUCAAAUGUCAAAAAAGUGCAAAAUUACUUGUAAAUUCUUUUUCUGUGAGCCAUAAUUUCUGAAGUGUCAAAGAUAUCCUGAUAAAAUUUUGAGCUUAACAUGAACAUGUUAGGCACGCCACUUUCAAAUAGCAUAUCGAUUCAUAAAUUUAUGGCAACCAUUAAAAUUAUAGCAAUUGGAAGGACAGUCAUUGGCUGUCUACAACCAUGCUGUCAUUUUCUUUUAAUUUUCUAGGUUUCCUCUUUUUUUGUUUUUUUGUUUUUGUUUAAUUUUGUUUUAUAUUGUGUGAGUGAGGUUAUGUGUGUGUGUGUGUGUGUGUGUGUGUGUGUUAACUGAAAUCAUGGCAAACAUUUGUGUACAAGGUGUGUGUGUGUUUCAAUUGAAAAUAUGAGAUAUGUGCAGCAGAAGGUAAAACAAUUUGUAUACCUGUCAUCUGCUAUGUGUAGCCGUGUAAGCAGGGCAUUUGUGUUAAAAUUAUGGAUGUGUAAGUAUUAUUGUAAGUUCUACACAUGUUUUACCACUUCAGGAAUCAUGUCUUGUAUGAUAUUGUACAAAGGAAAACUUGUGUGAACAAAACUUUUAACAAAUAAAUCAAAAUUAUUGAAGAAGAAGAAAAUAUUCAAGCUCAUUAAAUAAAUGUAAGUGACUAAAAGAAUAGAUACUCAUGCAAACAAAUUGGCUUUGGAUUCAGAUGUAUGGACAAUGAAUGGUUAUGUCCUCUAGAAUUCAUGGGAAUGUUACAGUUGUCAUUCAUUACUUCACUAGCAGCUAAAAGUUCCAAUUGCGGUGUGUUGGGUUCUAAAAUAAUGUCUUUCAAAUUACAA